AUGAUGGACAAGGAGCCGUCAAAAACCACCCGAGAAUUCUUACUUGCUCAGGUCAAGGAAGAUCCCGGGCUGCCUCGACCGCAGCCGACGACAUCAUUCUGGCAGGUCCCGCCACACGCAACACUCGCGGACAAGCAGUCUUCCCAGCUCCCCGCCAACACCGAUAUUGCAAUUAUCGGAUCCGGCAUAACAGGGUGCAGCGUGGCCAAGCACAUCCUGAACAUUUCGUCGCGCUCGGCCGGCUCCGACGCAGUGACGGUGACGGUCUUUGAGGCGCGCACGCUGGUGAGCGGCGCGACAGGCCGCAACGGGGGCCUGCUGACCUCGUUUGUGCCGGAAGAGUUUGCGGAUCUUGUCGAGCACUACGGUGCGGAGGAGGCCGUCAAGAUUGCGCGCUUUGCCAAGCGCAGCCUGGACAAGGUGCACGAGCUGGCGAACGCGUCGCCGGAGCGCAAGGAACGGAGCCAGGUGCGGCCGUUGCGCGAUGUCGUCUGCUUCAGCGACCCCGGCGACUUUGCGGAAGCGAAAAGGUCGUGGCGCUUGUACGAGGAGCACAUCCCAGAGGACAGGGGCAAGACAGAAUUUCUCUCCCCGGCGGAGGCAGCGCAGAAGUACAAUGUCCGCGCAACGGCGGGAGCUUUGACGUUCCCAAACGGCGCUGGCUGGCCGUAUCGGCUGAUUACGGAUGUAUGGUCCCAGCUGUGGGAGCAAUAUCAGUCCAUAUUGAGCAUCGAAACCAAGACGCCGGUCGAGAACAUUACGUAUGAGGCCAGCAACGCGGUGUAUCCAUACACAUUGCACACACCGCGAGGCGUGGUCAGGGCCGCCAAGGUGAUCCAUGCGACGAAUGGGUACGCUGGCCACUUGUUACCGGCUCUUCGCGGCAGCAUCUACCCGCUGCGCGGGAGCAUGUCGGUGCAACGAGGGACACCAGAGUUUGGCCGUCACGGCAGCAGGCUGACGUGGAGCAUGACCAACAAGAGAACCUACGAGCCGGAGACGGACGUGCUGGAAGCGGGCACGUACUACGCACACCAGAAUGCGAUUACGGGGGACAUGUUUAUCGGUGGCGAAAAGACCACGGCGAGCGCCUUCUUCGUCGCCGACGACAGCGAGGUCAACGCGCACUGCCGGGCCAACUUUGCGACGCUGCUGCCGCGCUACUUUGUCCGGGGCUGGGACGAGGGCGGCGGCGGCCCGGAGAUAUGCGCGAUGUGGACGGGCAUCAUGGGCUUCACGGGAGACCGGCUGCCGCUGGUCGGGCCGCUGCCGGCGAGCGCGACGAGGCAACGAGGCGGCGACGGCGAGUGGAUCGCGGCGGGCUUCAACGGCUACGGCAUGUCGCUGUGCUGGGCGUGCGGCGAGGCGGUGGCCAGGAUGGUGCUCGGGAUGGACGUGGCGGACUGGCUGCCGGCGGCGUUUCUGGCGACGAGGAAGCGGAUCGAGCAGCCGGCGCAGCGAGGAGCGCUGAACGCGGUUCUAGAAUUGCUGGAUGCGUGA